CGGAGUAAACAGUAAAGAUGGCGACAUCUGGAGCAGGAGGAGAGGGGUACUCCGGCCUGAACGGGAUCGUUUCCGAGACAGAACACAAAAUAAUGACAGACUUACCGGCCGAGUUACUCGAGUACAUCUUAUGCUUCCCUGUCCUCAAGCAUGUCGACAUUUGCAACGUUUCCUGCAGCUGCAAGCGGUUACACGACGUUUGCCACGGCAGGGGGAAGGUCUGGGGACACCAGUACAAACUCAGAUGGCCAAGAUUGCAGAAGCAUUACCGCCAGAAUGAGUGUUGCGAUUGGCUGAAAGAAUACAGAACGCGACACACUGUUGGUCUACAAAUACGACGAACAGUUGUAUCCAUCUCAAAGAGAUUCUUCACGGAAGUUCCUUGCGUUGGCCAGGUGUUGGGGGACAGCUUUGCUGAGAUUGAGUCCCUCGGGGCCCCUGAGCACUUCUGUGAAGACGAGCUGCUUUCCAUACUGAACUCAGAUAGGAGGAAAAGCCUGACACUGAAGUACUAUGCAAAGAAAAUCCUUUAUUUCCUUCGCCAGCAGAACAUUCUGAGGAGUUUAAAGAUGUUUCUGGAGCAGCCUGCAGAGCAGCAGUCAGCACUAGAGGGAGCUGUGCUGGUGGACCAGUAUUGUAACCCCCUGGCAGAUGUGUCGUUGGACGGUAUAUCCUCCCAGCUGGAGGAGAUCACUGACAAGGUCAAGAAGAUGUUGCGGAUGAAAAAUUCCUCUCAUCCAAGCCUGAGGGUCACACAAGGUGACUGCUUUGCUGUGGAGGACUUUGAGCUCGAGAGGCAGGUGGUGGUUGCCCUCAAUGCUGUUUUGUACGAGCAGCUUCAGUACAAGGGCAACGAGUGUGAUUACUACAAUCCUCUCAACUCUUACAUACACCAGGUGUUGCUCCGCCGGACAGGCAUUCCUAUCAGCCUGUCUGUCCUGUACAUGACCCUGGCCAGGAAACUGGGGGUUCAGCUGGAGCCCGUAAACUUCCCCAAUCACUUCCUGCUUCGCUGGUGCCAGCAUCAAAGAGGGAGUGGGGACAUCUAUGACUUUGUGUACAUUGACGCUUUCGGUAAAGGCAAGCAGCUGACGGCUAAGGAGUGUGAGUACCUCAUCGGUCACCAGGUGACUGCAGACUACUACAGUGCCAUCAGUACCACAGAAGUGCUGCUAAGGAUGGUGGGGAAUCUGCUCAACAUCGGCAAGCGAGGGAUCUCAUCCUUGAGGGAAGGCAAUGAAAAAUCCUACCAGCUGCUGAGAGACUCUCUGGAUCUCUACCUCACCAUCAACCCAGACAACGUUCAAUACCUUCUACUACAGGCCAGACUCUACUUCCACCUGGGCAUCUGGCCUGAGAAGGUCCUAGACAUCCUGCAGCACAUCCAGGCGUUGGACCCGUCCCAGCAUGGGGCGGUAGGCUAUCUGGUGCAGCACACCCUGGAGCACAUCCAGCACAAGAAGCACCCGGUGGAGCCAGAGGUGAAGAGACGCAGCGCCCCCGAGCACGUAGAAGUGCAGUACAGCGUAGGCCUGAUCAUGAAACACAAGAGGUCUGGCUACAACUGUGUGAUCUAUGGCUGGGACCCCAAGUGCACCAUGAGCCAGGAGUGGAUCACCACAAUGAGGGUCCACCAGCUGUCCAGCGGGGCCAACCAGCCAUUCUACAACGUCUUAGUGCAGGACGGUACCUGUCGAUACGCUGCCCAGGAAAACCUGGAGCCUCAUUCCGCUCCUCUGGAGAUUGCCCAUCCGGAGGUGGGCCGCUAUUUCUCAGAGUUCCAUGACAGCCACUACGUUGCCAACGAGGAGUUGCAGACACGCUACCCAGAGGACAUGGCAGAGACCCUGGGCACCGUACGGGACCUCUACCACAGACUGACGCCCUCCUCAGGGCAGGCCUCAGGGCAACAGGAGAGCCCUAAAGGCACCGGGGACUCCUCCCAGGACCAGAAGAGCCAGGAGAACCAGGAAGCUAUGCCCAUGUAGCUUAGCGUCCACUACUUCUCUGCCCUUUCCAAAACAACCCCUAGCCUGUACCACCUAGGCACCUGUGUAGAUCUGAAAGGAUUGGAUGGGUAUAAACAAUGUCAGAAUUACAACUAGCCUAUCAUAGGGCAUAGUGGAGCUACUACUAGACCCUUCAGCAGGGAUAGAUUCGGCCGCGAGCCGAUUUCUUUUCUUUCUU